AUGGAGCCGGGCGGGCAGCCGGAGCCGGAGCCGGAGCCGGAGCUGGAGCCGGAGCGGGGCCGGCGGCGGCCCAGGAAGCGCUACAGCCGGCACCGCAAGCCGCCCUACUCCUACCUGGCCAUGAUCGCCCUGGUCAUCCGCGCCGCGCCCGCCCGCCGCCUCAAGCUGGCCCAGAUCAUCAAGGAGAUCGGUGCCCUCUUCCCCUUCUUCAAGGAGGGCUACCAGGGCUGGAAGGACUCCAUCCGCCACAACCUCUCCUCCAACCCCUGCUUCACCAAGAUGCUGAAGGACCCGGACAAGCCCACGGCCAAGGGCAACUUCUGGACGGUGGACGUGAGCCGCAUCCCCCCGGACGCCCUCAAGCUGCAGAACACGGCCCUGUCACGGCAGGACGCGGCCGCCUUCGCCCACGACCUGGGCCCCUACGUGCUGCAGGGCCGGCCCUACCCCGGCUCCGCACCCCCACCCGAGGGCCAGGCCCAGGCCCAGGCCCGGCUGGACAGCUCCUUCGCCAUCCAGGCCCUGCUGCAAGACCGGCCCCGGCGGGAGCCCAACCCGGCGCCCGACGGCCCGGACCCCCGGAGCUGCGAGAGCCUGGAGCCACUGUGGCCCCUGGCCCCCAGCCCUCACGGGCUGCCCCGGACUCUCUCCUCCUCCUCCAGCACCUCCCUCCUGCCCCCUGAAGACGGGGGCCAGGUGCCCCCCACUCCUCCCCAGCCGCCCCACGCCGGCAGCUCCGACUCCGAGGGCUCCGUGUCUCCCGGGCUCCUGGUGCCCGAGCCGUGGUGGGAGCCCUACAGCCCCUGCCUGGCCUUGCCACCCCUCCCUGGGCUGCCCUGCUGCAUGCUGCAGCCCCCACCCUACCUCUACAGCCCCAGCUUCUGGGGCUGCCUGCCCGUGCCCCCACCCCUGGGGCUAUCCCCAGACCUGGAUGGCCUCUUCCAGCCCCCCAAGGACCACGGCAACCCCUGGGCAGUACCUCCACCCUGGUACAUGCUGCCCAGUGGGGCCCUGCUGGCACAAUACACCGGCUUCUGAGGCCUCGACUGCACCGAAACUGGGGGCCCACUGGGGUCAGGUCCCGAGCGGGAGCCUGGCUGGAGCCAUGGGUGGCCGAGGCUGCGGCCCACGAGCCCGGAGCAAGCACUGGGGGGCAGACCCAACUCCAGGGCAGGACUGACACCGGCCCCACGGCUGUGCGCACUGCAGCGUGCGUGGGGCUGCACGUGGGGUGUCCCCCCAGACGCCAGGUCUCGGGGUCCCCAGCAGCGAGGGCUAGGGGCUUGUGACAGCUCAGCUGUGAUUGCUAAUAAAGGUGUG